AUGAUGAUCAUAGCGAGGAGGGGACUGGGCCCUGUCCUUGUCUUUCCCACUUUCGCCAUCCUUUUUUCCGUUGAGCUCUGCGGGGGGAGGAGUCCGCCCGCGGUCGCGAUCCCUGUCUCUGUCGUCUCGUCGGCGGUCGGGAGAUGGGCUUCGACGUUUUUCAGGCGACCUGCUUCUUCUUCUCCUGUCGUCCCUGUCCCUGUCCCUAUCGCGGUCGCGGUCAUCGUGGCGGCGUGGGCUGCGAGAGCGUUCGCGGUCACGAUGACGAUCGCGACGAGGCGGAGAGCGUCGUUCGUAGCGCCAAACCGACGAAGGAGGGUUCUUGGCCCACUGUUGGCAAAUAAGAGGCUGUCUAAACACGUGAAAAGGAGACGGUUACUUGGAUGCUCAGGCGGGAACCUUCGAAGUAUCGACCGUGCCUACCACGGUUUAAAGUUAAAGUUAGAAAUAGCAUUCAAAGAACGAAGUUCCAACGUACAUGUCGUAGUAAGCAUCUUCCGCAUCACGGGUGCUUCUGAACUCGACAAAUGCAUAGCUACGAGGGUGGUUCGAGGCGUUGAGCGAUCGUGGUUCGACAAAAAGUGGUAUCGAGCGGCGACGCAAGUCGAGGCAAAAAAUCGAAACAUCGUAUAUCGACAACUCGCAGAUUCAACGGGCGGCGCAGCAGGCAGGCGUGAGCCAAUCACGAAGGACGAAGACGUUCGACACGCUGGACUCGAUGCGACCUCGGCGACUUUCUUUUCCGACUUCGACCUCGAAAAGAUGGAGACUCAGGACCCUCUAUGGCGCGUCGUGGAUGCACUGAGGUCUCUUGCAGGCCGCCGCGAAGAGUUGCCAAAGGGCCCAGUGCCUGAAGAAGAGUUGGCGGAAUGGGAGCCCGUUAUCUCUCAUCUGGAUAUCGGGGUGGCCGUUUCUCAUCUAGAGCAACUUGGAUACCCAGUUAGACCUCAACUCAACCCAGAAACCAACCGUUCGUUGACCGGAAGACAAAUUCCAACCUGGGUUAUCCUUUACCUCGUUGGCUACAAGGUUCGGACGUCAGCACAUGCUCAAGGACCGUUGUUGGAUUUCGUCUACAGUCAGCUCGAUUCUACGCCGGUCGAAAUACACGGACCCCUCCUCAUUCUUACCACCUUCAGCCUCGCUCGUUUCAACCUUCUUAUCCCCACCCGACGCGUCCUCGACACCUUCCUCAACACCCCUCUGCUUCAAGAUCCUGGCCUGCAAUUCAACCUUCUUCUUCAAGCUCUUUCAUACAUUCAGCACCGAUCGGCGGAAAAUGCGAACAACGUCGUUGCCAUUCUCAAGGCUAUGGAGGCGCGUCAACUUAAGCUGCGAUCUCAAACGUAUGAAGCCCUUCUCAACGACCGCUUCGUCACGUUGCAACUCACUAAGUUCCUCCACCAACGAAUGAUACAAGAAGGUUUCGUGCCAAGUGCAAGCCAUCUCGAGGCGUACCUCCGCAUAUUCGCGAAGAAUGGUAUCAUUCAUAAUGCGCAACAAUAUUUCGAAAUCAUCCACGCAACAACUAAGGGACCACCAUCAGAUGAGCAUGCAGCGGAAGACCCUCGUUUGCGAGCGAACACUCUUCUCCUCAAUGCCCUUGACAAGCGUGCAUCCGCCUUCGAGUUCCUACGCUCGAUGAAAGACGCCAACUCCGAACAGGCCACCUCUUCCCAUCAUCCCGCUGCCCGUCGAGAAGUUCGCUUUGUUCACAAGACCAAGGCCGAUAUAUACGAGGAGACUGCUGCUCUCAACGUCGCAGCAAAGGACCUAUCAACAUCGACCGCCCUCCUGUUGAAGCUGUUCCAGGGCAUAAAGUCGACGCGUUCUGCAGCCACGUACACAGUCCUCGUUCAAGGCCUUCUGCUGCGCAGAGAAUUCACACGAGCCCAGACGUAUUGGAACAGGCUGGCAAUGUCUGGUGUGGGCCUCGAUAACCAUUCUUUGACAGCAGGGCUGCAGGCGUACAUUCGAAGCGGAAAGCCCGACAUCGCCUUCCAGAUCCUCGAGACGUAUGCUUUGAAACCAGGACAAGAUUUCUCGCGCCCAAAGACCAAGCUGCCUUCGGUUCGGUUAAACACAGUGUCGAUGAAUGAGUUCCUCGUGGCUCUCAAACGCAUCAGCCGUCCAGAUGCUGUCUUUCGUCUUUGGGAUUACAUGGGCACCCUUUAUGAAGUAUAUCCGAAUGUGCAAACGCUGUCCAUCCUCCUGCAGUCCGCCCGACUCGCUUUUCGGAUGGAUGACACCCUUUCUGGCGCGCUUGCCCAUCUGAAGCUCUUCAAUCCCUUCAAGCGCCGUCAAGCUCCUAGUCUCAAGGUUUCGCGUGAUGAAGCUGUCGCGGCUAUUGUCUCCGUCUUGGGCCACCCCAAGCAAGACAAGGUCGAUGGAUAUAAGUCAGGUAUCUGGCAAGAGCAACUGCCACUCGAGUUCGCUCGCAAGGUCUUCCUUCAAGCUCUUUUCGGGAUGGACACCAAAGGCCGGCUCGCAGGGGUUCGUUCUCCUGCAAAUGCUAUCCGCGACUCGUAUGAAGACGAUGCGAGUCCAGGCAUCGGGUUACCUCGCCUUGGCCCUAAGGAAUAUGUCUUCGAGCCGCCGUCCGAUUUACUCUCCCCUGCUGGCAAGAGUCACUACCCCCACAUCGUCGUCAGCAACGCGAACUGCUUCAACUACAUCACGCUUCUCGGCGUAGGUAGUCGCGCAGCGGAGAUCCCACUCGUGCUAGCGUGGAUGCGAGCCCUGGGGCUGCAGCCUUCCAACUCAACGCUCGCCGUGGCUCUCGUGUUCUGGGCCGAGGUCAGCGUGCAGGCGCCGCUCGUAGAGAAAUGGUCUGGCGGCCCGGAGAAGAACGAGUAUGCGAAGCUGGUGGAUUGGCUCCGGGAUUGGGUUGGGGAGAGGAGGCUGCCGCAUUGGCGUACGCUCCAGAAGUGGCAGGGUAUUGUGCAUAAGAUGCGGACAACCACCGGAGAGGUCAAGGUGGACGGUGGAGCAAGUACUCAGGGAGGUAAGGGGCAUUGGUAUAGGCCCAAGAGGCCCAUACGUCGCUACGCUACUGGAGCUCGUCGCACUAAUCGCGAAUCGGAGUAG